AUGUUUAAUUUUAGAAAAUCAGCUCAUAGCAUAUUUUUAGUAUUAAUAAUUUUAUCUUCAAUAAAUGCAGGAUUAUUAAGAUAUAAAAAACAAUGCAAUUGUAAUAAUUAUCAACAAUCUACUCCAUUUUGUCAAUGUUCUCAAGGAUAUCAGGCUCAAUUUAAUGCUGCUGUUAUGAUAUCAUGUGGAUGUUCAUCAACAGAAACUCCAAUAACUUCAACUGAAAUAACAUUUACACCAACUACACCUUAUUCAACAACUUCAACAACUGUUAUUCCUACAAUUAUUCCUAUUGUAGAAACAACAACAACAACAACAACAACUACUACUACUACCACUACUCAGGCUCCAUUAUAUAAUGAUUGUGGUUGUAAUACUAAUAGUAAUACAAUGCCAAUAACAAUUAUAAGUUGUAUGAAUACAUGCCAAAAUGUAUGUAAUGAAAAUUGUGUUUCAUCAGUUAAUGUUUCAAAUAAAGGUGCAUGUUCACCAUCAUGUUUAAAUUCUUGUCAAUCAUCAUGUUUAAAUUAUGUUAAUCCAGGAAAUGAGACAUCAACACAAGUACCAGAAAAUUCUAACAAUAAUUAUCUAUCAAAAUCAGAUUCAUUGAUCAUAACAAUUCAACAUUUUGCAUGUGAUGCUGGGUGUUCAAAUAAAUGUAAAGACAUUGCUUGUGAAACAGCUUGCCACAAUGAAUGUACAUGUCAAGAUAGUUGUCAGAAUCAAUGUAUUACUUUAUAUAAUCAAACAAUAAAUACUUGUACUCCAGCAUGUAAAAGUGCUUGUAAUUUAAAUAAUGAACCAAUUUCCAAUACUAAUAUAGAAGUUAUUACAACUCCUUCUACAACUACAGCAACAACAACAACAACUACUACAGAAAUACCAUUAACAACUACAACAACAAAACAACCAACUCAAAAUUUUGAGCAAAUUAUUCAAAAGACAAAUGAGUGCCUCCCUGUAUGUACUGAUAGUUGUCAAAAUGUUUGUGUAGCUCAAGUUCACGAUUAUAAUAUUUGUGAUUAUGCAUGUAAAAGUAAUUGUGGAAAUUAUUGUGCUUCAACAGUAGAAAAAACUGUUACUAAUGAACAAAUUCAAACUAAUAAUGAUUGUCAAGUAACAUGUUUAUCAAAAGGAAAAAGUGAGAAUGAAUGUUACGAUUAUUGUUUAAAAGAAGCUAAUUGUUAUGAAAUAUGCAACAAAAAUUGUCUUGUAAAUAAUAUUGUAGAUGGUAAUUGUUUAGAAACAUGUAAAGCAUCAUGCAAUAUUUCUUCUCAAUAUACAACACAACCUACAUUAACAAAUGAACAAAUAUAUCAAAAUAAUAAUAAUGAUAUAUCAUCAGUUUCAAAUAUUGAAACAGUACCUUCUUCAACACUAAAUUGUGAAUCAAAUAUACAAACAGCAUCUUGUUUCUGUCAAAAAGCAUGUGAAGCUUUCUGUACUGUUACUGGAUCAGAUUGUAAAAAUAUUUGUAGAGAAAGUUGUAAUGAACAAUUAUCAUAUCAAAUAAGUAUAUCUCUUCAACAAACAAAUCCUUGUCAAACUUUAUGCCAAAAUAAUUGUAUGUAUCAAAGUAUACCUAUAAAUGUUUGCUUAUCAUCAUGUAACGCUGGAUGUUCAGUAGCAACUACAACUACUAUACCAUUCACAACAACUACAACUAUUCCUACAACAACUACAACAACAGAAAUACCUACAACAACUACCACAACUACUGUAAAACCUACAACAACAGAAGUUAUUACAACUACUACAACUACGAUGCAACCAGCAUUAGAUAAUACAUGUGUUCCACAAUGUCAAUCAACAUGCUUACAAAUAUGCUUCCAACAACCAAAAUCUUCUGCAGCAGAAUUUCUUGAAUGUCGUCCACAAUGUCAACAAACUUGUAAUAAUACAUGUACAUUACCUGUUAUAACUGCUUGUCAAUAUACAACUAAUGAAGGUUCAUGUCAAUGUCCAUCUGAUUACACUUCUUGUGCUUCAGAUAAAUUAUGUUGCAGAAAACAUUAA